AUGAAAGCAGAGGAGCUCGGAACGGGCAUACUGGGAAAGCCCGCGCAGGCUAUCGUGAUGAAAAAUGGCGGCCGUAUUCAGCGAAAAGAGUUCCCCGUUGACGAGGACUUGACCGUUCCCGUCGAGCAUGUCGAUCUCGGGGCUAUCCUAGAGAAGGAGGGUAGCAGUCCAGAGCUAGACGAGGUGCUCCAAAACAUCGAAGAGCUCAAACCGGAGCAUUUGACAGUAUCCUCCCGCGAAUUCGACAAACUAAAAAAGGUUCUGCUUCAUGGCUUCACGGCUACCCAGCUGGCUAGCUACAUCAGAAGAUACGAGCUUCUUAAUAACCACGAGAUUGAUGGCAGUCUUGUCGAUCUUCCCACAGCCGCUCAACCGCAAUACGAGGAUGUAUACCCCUGGAUUGUCUCGCGAAGUCAAUGGCUACCGGAAGUGCGUAAGGGCGAAGAAGCCAUCGAAGCUGGCUUGAGAGGUUAUCUUUUGGAAGCAAUGACUCCAAAGGAGAAGUUGGUCGUUCGAUUGAUGCGCCAAUACUGGGAACUUUCUAUUCUAGAAAUCAUGGCCGGAGAGGGAUAUCUAGAUGUCCAGAUUCGGGAACCAGAAUUUUCCCUGUUGACCCUCGGCACUCAACAAUGGCUUCGAGAAAUAGCUCGCCGUCUGCUCGGCCCAGGCAGACAAAUCGAGAUCAUACCUUCCGAAGCGGCUAUCCGGAUAGUUGCCCCGAAAGCGAUCGCUGAAACAGUACUGGCCGAGAUCAAUGGCACCCUCCAGAAUGUCCAGUCGAGGAUAGUUGACAUCCACUCUAUAUCCUCCUCUCCUCUCGAUCCAACUCUCCUAACAGAAGUUGCACGGCUGACGAACUCUGUUAUUACCCCCCUCGAAUCCAGAGAAAAUAUCCGCAUCACAUGGGUGAACAGUGAUGACGGGAGGCCAGAGCUGGAGAACCUUGGCGACAGAGUCUUUCGGCUACUCCUGACCUCACACCAGCACCAGUCUGUAGCCAAUAAGCUACUUGUACAUCCUGCUCAGCAUGAAUCUGCGAGACUUGUCGCUGAAUAUGGAGGCAAGGAGAAGCUGACUUGGAGCGAUAGGCUGCACACAUGGGCUCGGUGGACUGCAGCAAGUCCCGCCAAGGGCGCAGCGACACCAUCUAAGAAGAAUGCAUCACAGAGCGAAGAUGCGGUCACGUCAAGUGUCAUGUCAAGUGAUGACUUCACGCGACAACUUGCAGAGGCUCUUGACAAGGACCAAGAUGUGUCCCACCUCAAGGGAGCACAGUCUUCAUCACCCAUAGCACCUCUCUUGAAUAUGCAAGUCGAUCAUCCGCUACCAGGAGACGAGCCCGCCCCAAUAUCCCGUGGCUGGUCCCCGGAGACGACCAAAACCACCGCCGUCUUCGGUCAUCUCCUUCACCAACAACCUGGCGGAAGCAAGCAAAUAAUUCUAAAGGCGCCGAUCAAUCAGGGUGCUCACAGGAUCCUAUCACCCGCCCUGCCGCCUCUGUUCAAACUAGAACUCCCAGGCAAGAUCCGGCCCACCUACCUCGACUCGACGAUCCUCAUGCGGUUUCUCCCCGUACUGAAGCAAGACGCGGGCAAUCCAAGCCAACAGGCCCCAUCUCUAGAACUCGCCAUCAACGUCCGCGAGCCACGCAUCGAAGAGGGCUACAUCAGUGGCAUCUCCCAUCUUCGAGCCAUCAAGAGCUCACAAAUCACCGACGUGAGCCUGCCCGACCAGCCCGUCGACUUCCGCCUCACGCAGAGCCUCGCGGCGGAGCUCCUCGGCGACGCAAUGUUCAACGCACCAGGCCUGUCCUCCCUGCAGGCCUUCCUCACAAAGUCGCGCCUGGAGCCGCAGAACGGGAAGCUGGAGACGCCCGCUCGCCUCUCGGGGGUGGCUCUGCCCCGACGACUGUUCUCGCCCGCGCAAGACCAAGCCGCCGAGCAAGAAGGCGUCAACACGUCGGCAGACGAGCUCGUCGAGGCGGACUACAUCUUCGCGGGCCUGGAGGUGCGGCGCGCGCUGGAGACGACGCUCGACGGCUGGAAGCUGGUCUACACGAGCAUCGAGGCCGGGCAGGGCGGCGGACAGCGCGCGGAGCUGAGCCUCGAGGCGACGCCAGGUUGGGACUGGGACUUGGCUAGGAAGGCGGGUGAUGUUAGCGGCGACGCAUUCUUGGACUCGGCGUACAAGAUGGCUGAGGGCAAGCUUCUAUCCUGGGCCGAGUCAGAAUGA